AUGGAGGACGAUGAGGCAACAGAUGAAUUAUUCGUUGCAAUGCAACCUUCGGCAUUUUCAUCAUUUGUUUCCACUGAACAAACUAAAGAAAUAAAAGAUGAUUCACAAGAGGAUGACGACGAGUAUGAAGAGUAUGAUGAUACAGGGGAUGAGUAUGGUAUGGCAGAGGAAGAGGAUGACAGAGAAAUCAUUGAUGAGUUUGAAGAGGAGAGUACAGCAGAGGAGAACACUGACAUGGGGAACAACUCAAAGUUAGACAUGACUAACAGUGAAGAUCAGGCUAGUCAUGAUAAACUAAUGUAUCCAGAGGCAGACCCAGACCAAUCUAAUUCUAGUUUUGACCCAAAUUCCAGUCGAUCAUUGGACCAAAUGAAUGAAAAAGUACAGUGUAGUCUGGAAAAAAUGACUGGCUCAAGUAGCCUAUCUUUUAAUGACAGCUUACAAGAUGAUGUUGAUGUUAUAAGGAGAAGUUUAGCAUCUGAUAACAGAAGCUUGUCUGGAGACAAGGACUCCACAACAACUGAAGUGAUGGAAAUCAAGCCAGUACCUAAACCACUCAGGGUGGACCAUACAUAUGAUGUCUCCCCAAUGCUGUAUGACAAACAGCUGCCUGCAGGAUGGACAAGGAAAGUUGUUCAGAGACUUAGUGGCAAAUCUGCAGGAAAAUAUGAUGUGUACAUUUACAGUCCUGGUGGGAGAAAGUUGAGAUCAAAGACUGACCUUGCAAGAUAUUUAGAGGAAGAGGGUAUAACAGAUCUGAAUGCUGAUGACUUUGAUUUUACUGUUAGAGGUAAACACCAUGCUGUGGGCCACACUGGUAAGAGAAAGAGGACUGAAGCAGACAGGAAUAAGAGUAUUGAUCCUGAUAAAAGUGAAGGGACUGACAUCAAAAAGAGAAAAAGCAGUAUACCAAAAGUAACAGCAGCAACAUUCAACAAGACCAGAAAAAAAUCUCAAAAGAGAGCAAACACCAACAAAAAGGCUGUUUUGUCUCAAGUAAAAGAUGAUUCACCUAAAAAAGGAAAAUCCAUAUCACAGAGGCUUGUCAUAAAAAUGGCUUUCUCAGCAGGAGAAAGUCCUCAUAAAUCUAAAAAGAAAGACACCACAAAAAUAAAGUCAGUGAAGCGAAAAGUGAAAUCUGACAACAAACAGGAUGAUGAUAAUGUGAAAUGUCAAGUGAGUACUGCUCACGGAGGGAAAAGGACCGAGGAGACUAGGAGGAGGGGGGAAUGUUAUGUAACUCCUAAAAAAAACCCAAGGUUUCGUGAAGCUUUGAAAGAAGACCAAAAAGCUGUAAAAGCUCAUGGUGCUAAUGUGUUUGAUAUGUUUGAUAAGGAUGGUAACAUAUGUAUUGAAGGGGAAAUUAAAUGUAAUGUGGAUAUGAUUAAAACAGGUGAUACAAAAGUAAAUGGUGCACAAAGUGAAAACCAGUUUGUGAAGUGGGAUUCUAAUAACAGUGGGUCACUUUCUUCAGAUGAAGCUAAGAGUCCCACGAGACUGAAAAGGAGAGGCUCUGGAAAUAUUGAUUAUGCAAAACUUUCUGGUCGAAACAGGCGUGUCUCAACGGAACGAAAAUCCUUGUCCAGAAAAUCUGACCGGGGAACUUCUCUGGAUCAGACAUCUGAUAAAAGUAAUGAUAGACCAACCAACACUAUAGACACUUCUUGUGAGCAAAAUAUUGAAACUAAAAUAUUGACAGAGAAGUUGUCUGAUGAAAACAGUAUGUGCAAAUCUCCUAAAAGUGUAAACAAUUACAGCUCUGUAGCUGAUACAGAUGGUGAUCACACAUUACAUCAGAAUGAAGCUCUACAGUCAGAACGCUCCUCAUCUCUUACAAACAUUAAAUCCCCUGUCUCUCCCAGACUGUCCGUUAAAUCCCCUGUCUCUCCCAGACUGUUCAUUAAAUCCCCUGUCUCUCCCAGACUGUCGGAAAGCAAGCUCACCAAUCUCACCGAGUCUCCAGAUGUUCAGAGUUCUAAUGAAGAAACCAUCUCCAGUGAAGAUGAUAAGGCUCUGGUUGAGGCAGAUGAUAACAGUCUAGACAUAGAAGAGGAUGAGGAAUAUGUUCCUGCACAGUCUGUUGUGGUACAGAGUCCAUAUUUCCAGAGUGGACAUUACAUGCCUCGUCCUGAGUUACAUAGAGAUGUUAAAUGGACCCCACCAAAGUCUCCUUUUCACCUCAUUCAGGAAAGCUUGUAUCAUGAUCCAUGGAAAUUGCUGGUGGCCACAAUAUUUUUAAACAGGACCACAGGAAGGGCUGCUAUUCCUAUCUUGUGGAAGUUUCUGAAUCGCUGGCCAAACCCAGAUGCUGCUCGGAGGGGCGACUGGCAAUCUAUGGCCCGACUACUUACACCCCUUGGGCUGCAUGAAAAGAGGGCAAAGAUCAUCAUACGCUUUUCAGAUGAGUAUUUGACAAAGGACUGGAGGUAUCCAAUAGAAUUGCAUGGAAUUGGAAAAUAUGGAAAUGAUUCUUACAGAAUUUUCUGUGUUAAAGAGUGGAGACAGGUAACUCCUACAGACAAUAAAUUAAAUGACUAUCACAAGUGGCUGAGUGAAAACUGGCAGACAUUAGGAGUGGAUUGAAGAGAACAUUACUCAGUUUGAUAAACAAACCAGAGAACUCUCCUGUGUAAAUGUGCUGUAUUUCAGCUUCUGAGAAGGAUGUGGAAAUAAGUAAUCACUGUCAAAUUGAUAGAAGAAGAGUCUGUGCCAUGUUUGAGUCAAAUCUGAGCUGAAACAAGACCUUACAUUUGUAUAUGUAUGUACUCAGUUCCACUUUCAUUUUUAUGUAAGCUAAUGUUUGAAAACCCAUACAUGUUUCUGUACUGCUUAUGGUCUUCAUCGUUGACCUUGAAUUGGUAAAGGAUCUGCAAAGGCUUGCCCUUUGUUGUUUAGUGUGCAGGUAAUUUAAGGCUGAACACAUCAAUCCUGCUUUUUUAUUCCGAGUUGUGAAUGUUUCACAGUCAAGCCUUCUAUUCAAGUUUCUCAUUCCCAUGGUUUAGAUAAAUAUUUUGAUAAUACUUUAAAUUAAAGUAUAAUUUCUGAAUUCAAAUUGUGCAAUAAUUUUGAUGGUGGUCAUAAAAUGUUGCAGUCUUGCAGAACUAUUUUCCUUGUAUCAUGUCUAUACACUUUAUCUUUGAUAAUAAAUAGUAGCAUACUUUUUGCCUGUUUAUAUUUAUUGUGAUAUUGUGAUUAAGAUUUCCUCAAAAUCAUCUCUGUAAAACCAUGGCACUGUAUUCUGAGCAUAAAGCGGUCUCUAAAUGACAUUCAGCAUUUUGUCACUGUCUUUGUGAACUCAAGUGUGUCUGUUAUUUUUAUUUGUGUUUCACUAUAAACAAAUUUUAUAGCACUCACUUGCUUUGAGUGAAAGCUGCUUGCAAAGAGUCAUUUUUAUCAUCAUAAAGAGCAGUUUAAAGAAAUAUAUUGGCUGUCAGUUGAGAUUUGUUAUAAAUCUGUUUUAAUGUAUAGAAACCUUUCUCUUUUUUGACAUUUUUUAUGUACUUGUAUAUUUGGAAUUGGAUGGUUUAGAAUUAUUUGAAAUCAAAUUUUAAAGGUAUUCUAUUUUUAUAGUGAAGCACUUGAUGUAAUUUACUGUUUUAGGAAUGAAAUGGACAAGUUUAAUACUGUGAAUCAAGUGUCUACAGAUUGUUACGUGUCUUGUAGACAUCUCAGAUGAUAAUCUAUUGAUUCUGAGGUCAGACACAUACAUUUCAAAAAUUAAUUCAAAGUCUAAAAAUUGCAAAAUUUAUAAUGUGUUCUGGAUUAUGUUUUCAAUGUUUUCUUACAUGUAUCAAGUGAAGAGUAGAAAGUCAUAAACCAUUAUUCUGACUAUUCAGGUCUUAUCUAUAUUAAGCAACUUGCUUCACUGCUGUGUUCUUCUUUUAUACAUAGUGAUGUUUUACAAAGUUUCAUUACAAAACGUUUUUGACAUCCUUGGGCAUUUAUAUAUACAACAUUGUAUGGAUGGAUGGCUACAAUAUUUAUAACCAUUUAUUUACAGAAGAGCAUAUUUUGAAGUUCAAAGUUUUUUUCCCCCAAUGCUGAGCAUUUGUUUAUCAAUGUAUGUCCUGCAUGUUUAAUACUUAAUUCAUGAAAAUGUCUUGUUAAAUCAUUUGACCUGUUGUAGAUAUAUAUUCUGAACCACAUUAAAUGAUAGUCAGUUGCUUUUGUUUAAUUAAAUAUCCUGAAUGAUAUAAAUGACUUGCUACCGUCA